CGUUGUUGAUGUGUUGAUGAGAAAUUAAAAAUAAUUUAUAGGCGCAUAACGUGGUUGGUACUACAAUUAAGCAACAUUAAUGAGAUAACUAUAGCAGCAUGGCAUCCCAUCCAAGGCAGGUCCCGAAUAUAUUAAUAACAGGUACCCCUGGUGUCGGCAAAUCCACGUUGUCAAAGUUGGUGGCAGAUAGAACCAAGUUUACUUGGAGAGAAGUAUCAAAACUGGCAGAAGAAUUCCAUUGUUUAGACGAGUAUGACCCGGAAUACCAGUGUCCGUAUCUCAAUGAGGAUAAGUUACUGGACAUGAUGGAAGGGUUGAUGGCGAAAGGCGGCAACAUUGUGGACUAUCACGGCUGCGAGUUCUUCCCGGAGCGGUGGUUUGAUGCAGUUUUCGUUAUCAGAACUAGCAACACAGUGCUGUUUGACAGACUUUUGGCUCGAGGAUACACUGGUAAGAAGUUAGAAGACAACAUACAGUGUGAAAUAUUCGAGACUCUGUUAGAAGAAGCGCAGUCAUCAUACAAGCCGGAAAUAGUUAUUCAGCUUCAGAACGAGACGCAAGAACAGCUGCAGCAAAACGUGAACACAAUCGUGGAAUGGAUAGAGAGGUGGAAGGAGGAGAACUUAUAAAAUAAUAAUUAUUAAAU